CCCUCCCUCUCUCCCAGCGGGGCGCGGAGCACGGCGGAGCGAUGUGGCAGUGGCGGUAUGUCAGCGGCCGGCAGCUGGACGGCUUCCGACAGUACAAGUACAGUGCUGUGGAUACAAAUCCUUUAUCUGUGUAUAUUAUGCAGCCCAUCUGGAACAAAAUUAUUAAGAUAGUGCCUUUGUGGAUUGCUCCCAACCUGUUAACAUUCUCUGGAUUUGUCAUGAUUUUAUUUAAUUAUUUUCUAAUAUCUUUUUAUGACUGGGACUACACUGCCUCAGGUAGCAGUCCUGGACUUGUUCCCACCUGGGUGUGGCUCUUCAGUGCUUUUACCACUUUUUGUGCUUAUGCUUUAGACUCCAUAGAUGGGAAACAUGCUCGAAGGACUCAGUCCAGUACUCCUCUGGGAGAACUAUUCGACCAUGGACUGGAUAGCUGGGCUACCUCCAUUUUUGUGCUUUCCUUUUUUUCUGUCUGUUCCUGUGACAAUGGGAAGACUGGAGUUUCUGUAUAUACAAUGUAUAUAUAUUUAAGCAUUGUCUUGUUUAACUUCAUGUGUUCACACUGGGAGAAAUAUAACACAGGAGUUCUUUUUCUUCCUUGGGGAUAUGAUAUAAGCCAAGUGGUAUUAAUAGCAGCAUAUCUGCUUACCAGUGCUGUUGGUGUGGAAGUCUGGCAGAAGCCUUUGCUGCUUGGUUAUUACAUUACAGACAUAUUAGUAAUCCUACUUAUAGGCUUCAGUUUAUUUCUUUCAUUUCCACAAACACUAUACAAUAUUCACAGAGCACAUUUAAAGAAAACACUGAAGCAUGAUUCUCUGUAUGAAGGACUCCUACCUCUUGUGUCACCUCUGUUGCUGUUCGUUCUUCUUACAGUCUGGGUGGUUUUAUCUCCAAGCAACAUAUUGGCAAAGCAACCAAGGCUGUUUUUAUGGAUGGUUGGGGUUGCUUUCUCAAAUGUUAUUUGCAAGGUGAUCAUCUGCCAGAUGAGCGGCACCCGGCCGGAGGUUUUCCACUGGUUCCUGUUGCCGCUGGCACUGGUGGUGUACGCAGCCAUCUCUGGGUUGCUGGGCUGGAUGGAAGAAGCUGUUCUUGCCGUGUUCACCGCCCUGGUCACGGCCGCCCACGUGCACUACGGGGUCUGCGUGGGUAGGCAGCUGAGUGAGCACUUGAACAUUUACAUCUUUUCCCUGAAGAAACGCAUCCAAGAGUGAACACCUGCACUAUGAUCAGACUGUAACACUUACGUGGAGAUCUGCAACUCUUCUGAUGUGAUACACAGUUGGAAUUAAUCUGAUUAAAAUAACCAAAGAAUAGAACAGUACAGAUAUCUGAACCAAUGCGACAAUGAGCUAUGCAGCAAGAUGCUUCAUCUCAGAGGAAGAUUCCUGUCCAGCAGAGAAGUGUUUGCCAAGUUGUUCUGCUGCUAACAUUUAUUCUCUUCUAACACUAAUGCUGUGUUACUGGCCUCUCUGAAGCUUUUGUCUUCCUCCUCCUUGCCAUUUUGUCCAAAGUCCUGGAUAAAUUCAUGCCUGGUUACAUAAGCUUCUUGGUGGUUUAUAACCAGCACUGGUUUUGCUCAGCCUAGUCACCAGUGGGACCCCAGCAAUGCAAACACUCCCUGUAUGUCCUUCUCACUCAGACAUCUGUGCCUGCUUCAUUUUCCAUAUUUAUUUUCUUACAACUCAUUUCUUCCAUACAACCUCCUGAAAGGCUUAUGCACAUUCAGUCUUUUCCUCACCUCAAAUGAAUGUGUGAAGACAAGAGAAUGAGCUGAGAAAGCUAUGGGUAAAGUGUUUUUGAAAUGUACUUUUUUUUUUCCAUUCUCAGCAUCAAGAUGAGUCUCAGCUGACCUGUAUCUGUCAGAAAUGCAGGCUCUGUACAGCAGCAGCUGACCUUUAUAUUUAUUUCCUAGGCAGUAACAAGCACAUUGUUGAUAUUUCAGUAGCCACGAGCAAUAUACUCUACAAAGGUAACCAGCUGAAAAUAAAUUUGGCCAGCAAACCUUCAAAGAUUCACACAUUUCACUGCAAAACUAGUUUAGGUCAAACAUCGUGUAUGAGUGCAAAAUGCAAAACAAACCAUUAUGUGCCUGUGUGCUUGAAGCAAAUUCUUGUGGGUUUAGAAAAUGACAAAAGAAAAAAAAAACAAGAAGAGCUUUUUUUUUUUCAAACGUUACACAUUUGCAUGCAGAUGUAAACUGCUCACUUCAUCUGUGAUACACGUAGGUUUUCUGCAUGCCUUGGAGGAAGGAGUAAGAAUUUGAGUUUCAUCUCUUUUCAUAUGCUGCCCUAGCCAGAGGGACUUUGUGGUCUUGAAGCACUAAUGAAACAAUCUGUCCAUUCCCCAAGGUAAGCGUGAGAUUACAUUUUUGCACAGAGGGAUGUGAUUGACAGACUGGCAUAUUUAUUAACUAUUUUGCUUGCCAGAAGCCAGGUAAAAGCACAAUUGUUGAGCUGCUAAGGCUUAAGUUCACCUUUUUCAGUUCUUAGACCAUUUCUCUGGGUUUAUCAGUAGCCUGAUCAUUCUUUUCUCCCCCACCCCGUUAACUUACCCUUAUAUCAGUAGCUCCUAUUAGUAUUUUCAGCUGAGCACUGACUAGUCAUAUGAACAGCUUCAUUUUAAGCUGGUGCUACCUGUUAAGUAGUUGUCCUCCCACAACCUCAGCAGGUGAUUUCCCCUGGCAGCCCUUCCCACGGUGCCAGGAGACAAGCCUGCACAUCAGCUUCCCCUCAUCACAAAGCAGAAAUCCACACCGACUGGGAAGGUUUCUCGUGAUUUGAAAGUAUGCAUGUUCCACCUACCAAAUGAGCAUGCUGAGGGUCCCACCCCACAAAUGAACAUGAGACUACAGUCACAGUUCAAGCAGCUUAAGGUUUGAGUUAGGCAGAGGGGACCAGUCAUCCUGUUAAUGCAGAGUCAGAGGUUUUUCCAAGAGCCCUGCAGGGAAGGGAGGCUCCCAUGCCCUUUGGUACUACUGUGGUCCAGCUCCAAGAGACAUCUUCCAGCCUUCCUCCCCACUGGUGUGGUAGGCAUGCCCCUAUCCUGCAUGAUGCCCAGGGAGUGUGGGGUGUCCACCAAGGCACUCCCUAAGGACUCUCUCAGAAUAAGUCUGAAGGCUGGUUAUUUAAUGAAGUUUGCUAGAAAAGGCAGUUUGUGUUGAAUGGGAAUGACAGGUUUGAUGUUGUUGCAUGCACCCAACAGUCUCAAUGUUUGAUGGAAUUAAAUACUACAUCCAAUACCAGAGACAUAAAAGUCUCACCUACUUUAUAAAGGAAGUUUAUAUUUCACCCUUCCAUCACAAGUGUCUGGAGGAAGUUCUGAUGAGAAAAGAAUUAGAAUACAAUAAACAAAAUUACCUCUAAAUUGGUUGUACUGGAGAAACUCUGUGGACAGGCUUCCCUUUUACGUCUGUCUUGCACUUAAUUAGGAAACAGCUGGAAAUAAGGGUCACAGAAGCAGCACUAUUUGAUGCACUGUAAUGGAGUAUUUUGAAAUAUUCAUUAAAUGAAAUCAUAAAACUUGAAAUACCACAACCUGCCUGCACUUGUACCUUUCUAAAGAGAAAUACAGCGUCACUUUUUAAGGACAUUAAGCUCUGGCCGAGUUUUUCACCUUCUAUAUGAAAACAUGGCAAAUAAUUUUAUUUUUCCUUUUUAAAGGAACUUGUCACUACAAUCUCUAUAAAGACAUAUAUAAAAAGAAAUCAUGUAUUGCACAGUGUAUAUAUUGAGUUUUUAGCCAUUCUAGAUGGCAGCAGGUUCAAUGAACAGGAAUAAAAAUGCUUUGCUCAUAGGGUGGUACGGUCACAGAUUUAUUUUGCAAAGUCAGAUAACUAUGUAGAUGACCUCACAGUCUUAACAAAGAUUUUUUUUUUUUGUUGCAACAUUAUGGCAGAACGUUUUCAACUAUUUGAACUGGAAAAUAGGUACCUUUUUUAUGCUUUUGAACAUCUGCACUAGCCCAAAGACAUGCCUCCCCCACCAAGUCUUACAAAAAGCAACUCAAAAGAGCAGCUCUCCCAGGUUUGAACACCUGGGUUAGAAAUGGGCUCCUCUAUCCCUGCUUCAUCCUACCCCCUCUAUUAGAAACCUUCCCUGAGUGGGGCUAAGCAAAAAUUUGGCCUCAGCCCCAGGGAAUACCUGAUAGCAGUGGGGCCCAAGGCUGGUGGCACACAACCAUGGCACAAAGGGGUCCUGAGCCAAGGCUCAAAGCCUUGGAGAUUGAGCAGCAACUACUGUGGCAACAUUGCUCAUGCUACAAAAGAUCAGAGCAGUGAGAAUUACAGUGAAGUUUCCCACCUUUUAUUCCAAAAAGCCUAAUAUACUUUAAUCUGAAACGCAGGCAGGUUUUAGGUACUGCACUGAAGAUUCAUCCUUGAAUACCUGGCCACUGCAGGAAAGUCCACUGGGAGUUUCAGUGCCCUUGCUGUAGUACUCUCUUCACCUCCUGGCUGCUGCCAGUUUUGCUGUUGUAUCAAAACUGAUACACAAGAGAUUUAGUACUCUGAAAUCUGAAAGCAUUUACCAUAAAGAAAAAUGUGCUGUUUACAUGCACAGGCAUACAUGCAUUUUCUUUUUGAUUUACAGAAGGGGAUACAGUUGCUGAGCUCUUGGGGAAACAGAUGCUACCCACACACACACAGGAUAAGUGAACUUUUGGUUUUUUAAUGCAGCUGCCUUUUUCUUCCUGCUCCCAUAUGCAGUCCCUGAUGAAUCAAAAAUAUGUAUUUUAUCCAGAAAAGUAUUACUUUAGAAUGUUCUGAAUAGUCUCUAGAGCUAGACAGAUUUUAACAUAUAUUUUUUUAUUAAAUAUGUAAAAAGAUAAACGCAAGUCAAGUUAUUCACAUAUUCAGACAAAAAUCUACUCUAUCAUGCGACAAUUUGUGGAUAAUGUAAAAUGACUGAUACAUCUGAAUAAGACCUUUUUUGUAUCUAUUAUGCCAUUACUUAUCUAUUUAUAAUUAACAAUACAUAUGUUUACAUUCCUUUCAGUUUACAUUUAAUAUAUAACCAAAGCUUUAUGGUGUGCUAUUUAGUAAAGGUAAUUACAAAUGCAUAUUAAAACCAUAACAGAAGAAUGGGUUACUCACAGGGGGUGGGGGGAAAAGGACAACUCUUUCCCCUUUCAGAACACUGCUCUCCCCUCAGCACAGCCAAAUUUCUAGUGCCCUCAAGGUAUUUCACUGCCCCAGCUCCCUACAUUGUAACUCUGCCCUUGAUACAAGCAGUGAGAGGGCUAUGGUCCUCAGAUUAGAAAUAGGAUGUGAGGAAUUUUCAGGAAAUUAAGUGCAGCUUUUUUAAAAAUUUUCUUUUUUUUUUAUUUUAUUUUAAUACAUGCUUCAAAAGAGAGAAGAGUAGAGAGGCACAACAGCUUGGCUAUGAACUGUUCAGGGAGCUCAGCAACCUCAACCAUUUGCACCUUUAGAAAAACGUUUUCCCUUGAAGUGCUCUCCAUGCAUCUGCUCAAGUAUUAGCAGAAGGAUGAAUGGCAGUAAGCAGAGACUGAUGCUGAUGAAAUUAAGUUUAUAGCCUGAUCCCAAACUCCUUGCCCCAUCAGAGAUCCCGUAUAGGUUAAAGGACAUUCUGGAAUCUGGAAAAAAAAUUAGUAACUGCUCUUCAACAGUAUUAUGAAGAACUACCAUUUAUUACAAUGACAAUUGUAAUAAGUACAUAUGUUCUAAUAAACACAAACACAACAAAAAUGA